AUGUGUUGCAAGCUGCGUAGUACCAAGGGUACUUUGAAGCUUUUUUUUACCGCUCUUCCGCCCGCGCUUCUUCUCCAUCCCCACUGUCGACACAAACAUACUGUAAACGUCACCUCGCCGCGCCCGUCGCGCUCGUCGAACCUCACGCUGCUCGUGCUCAUCACCCGCCCCUCCCGCUCCUUCUACGCCAACGCCUCUUGCACGGCCGCAACCACCGCUUUCCCCUUCUCCUGCCGCUUCCUCGUCUACCACUCCGCCUCCUUCUUCUUGAUCUCCUGCAGCCGCUUCAGCUUCCCCAUCGCCGCCGACGCCUUCCGCGCCUGCUCGGCCGCCCGUCCCACCUCCUCCCCCGCCGUCUUCGUCCGCCGCCGGUCCUGCUCGCGCUUCAACUUCCUCUGCGCGCUCUCCUCCACCCGCUCCAGCUUGCUCUCCAGCCGCGAGAUCACCGUCGUCGCCUUCUUCAGCAGCUUGCGCGCCAUCUCAUGGAUCUCACUCUUCGAGUCGUUGUAG